AUGUCAUCGAAGCUCAAAUCCCGCUGGGACACCGAAACUGCCGAGGAUGCCGCUGAAGCCGCCCGCCGAAAAGCUGAGAAGGAAGCCAAGAAAGCGUUAAAACUCGAGAAGGCCCGAAAGGCCGAAGAAGAAGCUGCGGCUGCACGUAGGCGACACGAGGAUGGGGAACGGUACGCGCAACAGUCGCUAGGCGUAUCAGACGAACCGCCUUCCAAACGACGGAAAGUCUCAGCGGAACCAGAUGACGAUGCAGCUACCUCGCCGAAGAGGAAGAAACAUGCUUCCGGUACUACGAACGGAGACAGGGAUACGGGCGAAGCGCGGUUACUACGAUUUCCUGCGCCAGAGAUCAAGCCAUGUAACUCGGUAGACGAUUACGAACCAUUGAACCGUAUCGAAGAGGGUUCAUAUGGCAUCGUAUCUCGGGCACGGCACAUUGCUAGUGGAGAAGUGGUGGCAUUGAAAAAGUUAAAGUUGGAAGGGGAGACGGAUGGAUUCCCUAUUACAAGUCUACGGGAGAUUCAGACAUUAAUGGCAGCACGGCAUGCCAAUGUUGUGAAUUUACGAGAGGUAGUCGUGGGCGAACAGCUGAACCAGGUAUACAUAGUCAUGGACUUCAUCGAACACGACCUCAAGACCCUCCUCGACGAUAUGCCCGAGCCAUUCUUGCAAUCUGAAGUAAAAACGCUCAUGUUACAGCUACUAUCCGCCACCGCCACCAUGCACACGAAUUGGAUCAUGCACCGCGAUCUCAAGACGUCGAACUUGUUGAUGAACAAUCGGGGACAAAUCAAAGUUGCAGACUUCGGGCUAGCACGGUACUUUGGCGACCCAUGCUUGCCAUUAACUCAGCUAGUUGUUACGCUGUGGUACAGAAGUCCUGAGCUGUUACUGGGGGCGCAGAAAUAUGGAACUGCGAUUGAUAUCUGGAGUAUUGGGUGUAUUUUCGCAGAAUUGAUCCUCAAGGAGCCCUUAUUCCAGGGCAAAAGCGAGAUUGAUCAAUUGUCCAAGAUAUUCGAGUUGAUGGGUGUACCGACGGACGAAGAGUGGCCUGGAUGGAGACGGCUACCGAAUUCGAAGAGCUUGAGAUUUCCAAGGACAAAACAAACCACUGGUCAUUUACUUCGCUCCAAAUUCCCACUUCUAACCACUAACGGCGUCUCCCUACUAUCUUCCCUGCUAUCCCUCGACCCUUCAAAACGGAUUACGGCGGAAGAAGCCCUCAAACAUCCCUACUUCCGAGACGACCCCAAACCGAAAUCCGAAGCUAUGUUCCCCACCUUUCCCUCGAAGGCUGGGCAAGAGAAACGAAGACGGCUCAACAGCCCUUCGGCGCCCAUGAGGGGUGAUGCUCCGCAAUUAUUCGGAGAGGUCGGCUUGGCAGGUCGAAGUGGACUAUUUGCUGGGCUAGACGAAGAAGAGGUUGGCGGCGGCUUUUCGUUGAAGGUGCAUUAG